AUGUCUUCCUCAACGCCCUGCUGUCGAGAAUUGACAGACUUGCUUGCGGAUUGUGAUAUAAAUGAACAGGUCUUUCUGACAUUUUCUAUUCUCGGCGGUCUAACGGUGCCGUUUCUCCGUUCGAUGCCCUGGGCUAAAUCCGCUGAUGCACUGGUAGCCAUCUGGGGUUACUGUCCCCGAAUUUCAGAAGACGUGCCCAGUCCAGCGAGAUUCUGCCAUCCUCUGCAACGACCGUGCGCGGCAGAUGAACAUCAAUUGGCGGGUAAACUUGAGCUCGAAUACUUGUGAUGUUCAACUCGACAGUGUCUUGGCAAGCAAGGUCACAUCUUAACACCAAAUUUCAUUACAGAGGACCGCUCAACGAUGCUCGCC